CGACCCUCAUUCUUUCGCUUCGUUUCAACGUAUUCGUUUGGAUUGAAAACAAUUUUCUUCAUCUACGAUGGCUCGUACCAAGCAGACUGCCCGUAAGUCUACCGGAGGAAAGGCCCCUCGCAAGCAGCUGGCCACCAAGGCCGCUCGCAAGAGUGCCCCUGCCACCGGAGGAGUCAAGAAGCCUCAUCGUUAUCGGCCAGGAACUGUCGCUCUGCGUGAAAUCCGUCGUUACCAGAAAUCCACUGAGCUGCUGAUCCGCAAGCUCCCAUUCCAGCGUCUGGUCCGUGAAAUCGCUCAGGACUUCAAGACUGACCUGCGCUUCCAGAGCUCAGCCGUCAUGGCCCUGCAGGAAGCUAGCGAGGCCUACCUGGUUGGUCUGUUUGAAGAUACCAACCUGUGUGCCAUCCAUGCCAAGCGUGUCACUAUCAUGCCCAAGGACAUCCAGCUGGCUCGUCGCAUCCGUGGAGAACGCGCUUAAAUUUGGUCUUGUGUUAUUAA